AUGUCGCCUCUCCCGCCGGGCUCCCCGCAUCAAGCCAGCACCUGCGCAAGAUUUCCCCGAGGACCGAGCGACAGGAACCUCCCGGCCCGGGUCUUCCUAGAGCAGCCAGCUUGGGCGUACAGGGCCAGUGAGAUUGGGAGAGACGUGUGUUCGGACUUUGUGGAAGCAAAUGUUUGCCGGCUACGCUUAACUCUCCCACCAGAGGAAAGCCCACUUUCUCCGGAAGGAAAAAGCAAGCCUGAAAAAACCAAGAAGCAACUCUACCAUGUCCGCAAUGGAUUGUCUUCAGGAGACUUGCCAGGUGGUGUGGUGUACGGUGUGGUGCACAGGUCCGAUGACAAUCAUAACAAAGAAAUGGUGGUUUAUGGGUGGUCAACUCACCAGCUGAGAGAAGAAAUGAAAUAUAUAAGAGAUGUGAGAUUAACGUUGGAAAAAGUAAGGAAGAAAAUGUAUGGAGAAUAUGAUGAAAUGAAACGCAAAAUCCAGGAGCUUACAAAGGAACUGGUGGUAUCAGGUGCUCAACAGAGUUCAUUGGAAAACCAAAUUGAAGUACAUUCUGCAGCACUGGAUAGCUUCAGCGAAAUGAACAACUCGUUAACGUCAACCUCAAUUGAGUUGCAGAAAACGUUGGUUGAUGUAACUUUAGAGAACACAGCUAUACGAGAUCAGAUAAAAAGUUUAAAACAAACACACGAAGAGUCUAUGGAAAAACUGAAGGAAAAACAAAAGCAGCUGGAGACGGCGAGGGUUGAAAACGAGCUUCUCCGACUCAAGGUUGAAUGUUCGCAGCAAGCAAAUGCAGAAGUCAUGAGAGAAAUGACCAGAAAACUCUAUAGUCAAUAUGAGGAAAAACUACGAGAGGAAGAGCAGAAGCAUAAACUUGAGAAAGAAACCUUAAUAUCUGAAACCAACAGGCUCCUUGCUGCCAUCGAAGAGGCCAAUAAGAAGAUGAAGCUGACAGAGAUGAGUUUGCAAGAGAAAGACCAAAGGAUUGGGGAGCUGGACCGGUUCAUUCGACGCAUGGAAGAGGAACGCCGUCACCUGCAAAAACAACUCAUAGAGUAUGAAAUGCAAUUGCAUGGAGCGAACCUUCACAGCCGGGCGGGCAGCCGGAGGUCGUCUGAACUGGAGGAAGUUACAGCUAAUUUGCGGGAACGCAUCAAACACCUCGACGACAUGGUUCUUUGCCAACAGAAGAAAGUCAAGCACAUGGUUGAGGAGAUUGAGCUACAAAAGAGAAAGAUGAAGGAAAAGGAGAUGUUUAUAGUACAGCUUUUAGAAAAAAUAUCUUUCCUUGAAGGAGAAAAUAAAGAGUUGCAAGACCGUCUGGAGUAUUUGAUGGAAACACAAUCAAGGCCUGAUGUGGACACGAGAGACGUUGGUGUAGGAUGCGACCUUCCACUGAGGAAAUUUAUAUCCAGGCUUCCAGAUAAAGGUAAAAAGAUCUCCAGUUUCGUUGAAAAGCUGAAGGUUGCUAUAGCUCAAGAAGAAGGGCUGAACAGAACUGCUGAGCUGUUAUCGGCAGUUAGAUUAGAGUUCCAGAAGAAACAAGAGGCCAUUGAAUCCAGCAAGCCAAACAUCCUCGGCAGCAGCCGCCACUCAGGGCAUGAAAAUUCAGCUCGUACUGGUAAAGGUCCACCUGGCAGCAUCAGCAGCGAACGGCCAGAGGAAGCACCUGAGGCCGCCGGUGUCACUGAAGGAAGCAAGAAGGCUUCAGAGAGACCUGCAACCGGAACACCAGGAGAUGCACAGAGACCUCUUGGGGAUCUUCUUGUGAGUAAAACGGACACUUUGGCCACAGUCUGCAAUGAGGAGUUAAGUGCAGCCUUUGGAAGAUUUUCCAUCAGAGGGAGAGAAGAAGAGGGAAACGUUGAUAAAGGAGAGACGGCCAAAAGUGAAGCCAAUCCUUUUCAGAGAGUUCCAGACACUGCACCCAGAACCCCGCAUUACAUUGAGGUCCUAGAAAUGAGAGCGAAGAACCCAGUGACUAAGAGAAGCAAGUUUAAAACCAAUUUAUUGCCGGCCGACUCAUGUAGCUCGUCUUGUGGCUCCCCAGAGAUUCCUUCCCCCGGAGUUCCCUCCUCUUCCGUUUCCGCAGAAGAAAGACGCCGCAGGGAUAAGAAGCACUUGGAUGAUAUCACAGCCGCGCGCCUGCCGCCCCUUCAUCACGAGCCUACAAAGCUGCUCUCCAUAGAAGAAUCAAUCACCAUCCAGGUCCAGCAGAAAGAAGCGUAUGAGGAAAUGCAAGCAAAGCUGGCUGCCCAAAAGCUUGCUGAAAAGCUUGGCAUUCGGAUGGACCGCUAUGAACCAGAGGGGGAGAUGGCUGCCGGCUACAGGGAAGUGAAGGACGAGGAGGGCUGCAGCUCCGCUGAGGACUGAGGCCAAAGCAGACUCUGGGUGUGCAGGUGUGGGUCUGGCGUCCUCCUUCAUAGGGACUCUGACUCUAAAUGUGGAAAAAAAAACUGAGGGGGUCCCCCUGUCAUCUUGCAUCUUCGCCAUGAGUUGCUGAGCUGCCAGAGGCCUCGGUGUCACCAGGGAACACCCAAGGAUUAGGGUCCCCUUGCUUGUUGCUCACACAGAACCUUGCACGGGCGUGGGGUUCAUGGGCCACGGGUGGGGAGCUCGUACAAUGGGGAAGAGGUCUGUGGUGGCCUCCGGUCUCGGUGGGCUUGGACAGUCACACCUCUGGUCUAAGAGGCAGAGAUCCUGCUCAGAAAAAGCAGAUGUGCAGGAGCAACCUGGCUUUCCUGGGCUUGUGCCAGGCAAAUGUGGGACGCUAAUGUGUGUAAAAGAUGUUUAUAUUUUUAUAUUAAAAGUUCUUGCUCUUCCUA